UUUACUCGUUCGAUGGUGUUGGUAAUGAAACAGACGAAGAAUUAACUUGUAGAGACAAAGACAACGUGACUACUACCACAACAAAGAGGUCCUCCUGACUAUUUAUUUGUGUCUCGUGUCCUGAUGCACAUGAUGGUAUACACCUACAUAUAUAUAACAACAUAACGAGUGAUACAAGUGUUAAGGCGCACUCUAUUCUCGAUAAGAAUAACGGCGUUGAAAACAGCGCACUGGAGAUUUGCGGAUACCCAGACAAGCGGGUUUAACACACUGAAAUAAAGAACAGCUGAUGCAUCAUAGUCACCGGCGAAAUGUCAAAAUCAUUGAAACAAAUUACGCUGCGAGUUCAGUCACCCGAAGGAACAAAAAGAAUUAAUAUUGACCCUACAGACACUGUUUGUAGUCUCUUUGAAAAGGUUUAUGAAGAAUUUCAAUUGAACAGCUUUGGAUUCAGUUUAUUCAAACAAAGGAAUCACAAAGAUGAGCUUAUAUCCAACAAAAGUAAGUCAGUCUCAGCGUGUGGACUCGGCCAUGGUGACAUGCUUUAUCUUGCACCAGUUAACGGUACUCUUCUUUGGAAUACUCCCACAACUAGUACCGCAGAUUCGAAUCCAGUUCCUAUGGAUGUAACGCCGAGCACGAGUAAAGGUUUACCUUCUACAUCGACGUCAGCAGCUUCAAUUCCCGUAACUGUAAGACCUGUAACCACUACCGAGAUCGAUGAUGUGGACGAGCAACUGUGGAAAAUGGAUGGAAAAAUCCAACGUAAACGCGACGAGAAAUUAUGCAAGCACGGAGCUAAUGGUUGUUGUGUCCACUGCUCAUCACUGGAACCAUUCGAUGAAAAUUAUUUGAAAGAACAGAAUGUCAAACAUUUAUCAUUUCACUCUUAUCUUAGAAAACUCACUGCCGGAGUAGAUAGAGGUAAAUUUUUACAAUUAGAAGACAUCAGUUGUCGUAUAAAGAGAGGAUGUAAAGAUCAUCCACCGUGGCCACGUGGUAUUUGCAGUAAAUGUCAACCAAACGCAAUAACACUAAAUCGGCAGCCUUAUCGACACAUCGAUAAUGUUGUUUUUGAAAACGCGAGUUUAGUCGAGCGCUUUCUUAAUUACUGGCGAAGCACAGGUCAUCAACGCUUGGGUUAUCUGUACGGUAGAUAUGAAAUUCAUGCAGACGUUCCUCUUGGAAUACGAGCUGUUGUUUCUGCAAUUUAUGAGCCUCCUCAGGAAAGUACAAGAGACUCAAUAAAUCUUUUACCCGAUGAAAGAGAACCAUUAGUCCAAGAAUUAGCUCAAAAACUUAAUUUAAGAAGAGUUGGUUGGAUUUUUACUGAUUUAAUUGCUGACGACAUAAAAAAAGGAACUGUGAAACAUGUCCGAAACAUCGAAAGUCAUUUCCUUUCUGCUCAAGAAUGUAUUAUGGCUGGUCACUAUCAAAACCAACAUCCAAAUCCAUGUCGUUUUUCACCCAGUGGAAUUUUUGGUUCUAAAUUUGCCACAGUCUGUGUUACAGGAGACGAUAAAAACCAAGUUCACAUGGAAGGUUAUCAAGUCUCGAAUCAGUGUAUGGCACUAGUGCGUGAUAAUUGUCUAGUACCCACCAAAGAUGCUCCAGAACUUGGGUAUGUUCGUGAAUCGUCCGACAAGCAGUACGUUCCAGAUGUCUACUACAAGGGAAAAGAUUCGUAUGGAAAUGAGGUGUCUAGAUUGGCGAGACCUUUGCCUGUCGAGUACUUAUUGGUUGAUGUUCCUGCUUCUACUCCACUGACACCUCAGUUUACAUUUUUUGCAAGUGAUAAUGUCACACCUUUCCCGGUCGAGAACAGAUUGGUCGAUGGACAAAUUCAAGAAUUCACUUCUCUAUGUACGUACAUGCAGCAAUUUGGUCCCGAUCAAUUUUUUGAAGCGAUCUCAGACUUUCAUUUACUCCUUUUCAUCAUGACAAUGGACAUGUUGCCGAUGAAGGAUUACAUGUCACCUCUACUGGAGGCCAUCAGACAGAACGACAGACAAAAAGCUCUCGAGUGGGCCCGAAGCGAGCACUGGGCCACUGUGGAGCAACUGAUUUCCGCCACAACGGCGUCUCCUCCUAUGAAUUCUCAGUCAGUCUCGUUUGGCGACGACGGAAGCUCGUCUGCCGGUGCUGGGAUUGGAAUCGGAGUUGGUACCAGUUCCAGUGUCACUGCUACGUCCACUCAGUCGCUUUGGACAUGCCCUCACUGCACCUUUUUGAAUCCUGCUGAGCUGGGUUCAUGUGAAAUGUGCAGCCUCCCGAGGAUGCUUCUAUGAGAAGACUCCACCCUUGAUAAGUUAUGGAAGUAUGGCAAUUAAAUUAAUGAACAAGUGAGAAAGAACUGUAUCGAUUGAUUACAACUGAUUUAUAAAAAUUUUAUCGCGUAACAAUAAAAAAAAAUAAAUAAACAAAGCACCACAUAAUCUAACAAAUUUUAUUUGUAAAACUUUUAAUAAGUGAAAAACUGUGAUACAGGAGUGGAAAAAUAGUUUGCUUAAUUAAUAAAUUAACGAAAAAUAAAA